AGCGAUUCUGAUUUUUUUUUUUUUUUUCCUAAAGAAAGAGUUUCGAGGGAAUUCGGAAAGCGGGGAGCGAAAUUAAAGGAAAAAGUUUAGAAGUUAAGAGGUAGGGAGGAAAAAACUUUUAGGAGAACAAAAUUCAAAAGGGAGCAAGUUUUUUUUACAUAUAUAUUUUUUUUCCAAGAGGAGGAAAAAAAAAAUUGAGGGAGGGCAAAAAAUAAUAAUAAUAAUUGCGGAGGGCUUGAUCCGGGAGAACAAUACUCGCCGGGAAAGUUGCUGAGCGGCGGGGAGGGAGCGGCGGGAGGAAAAUGCCGCAGCUGGGCAGCGGCGGCGGGGACGACCUGGGCGCCACGGACGAGAUGCUGGCCUUCAAGGACGAGGGCGAGCAGGAGGAGAAGAUCCCCGAGAACGCCUUCACCGAGCGCGACCUGGCCGACCUCAAGUCCUCGCUGGUGAACGAGUCCGAGGGCAGCGGCAGCCCGGCCGCCGCCGCCGCAGACCCCGAGGCCCUCCGGCGAGUGCAGGAUCCGCAGAGAGUUUACCAGGAGAAGCUCCCGGACCACAUGGAUGAUGCAGGUAUGAAACAUCAGGACCCAGGGAUGUAUAAAGGAUCUGCAUACUCCGGCUACCCUUUCCUGAUGCUCUCAGAUCCGUAUCUGCCAAAUGGAUCUAUGUCACCUCUGUCCAACAAAGUUCCCGUUGUGCAGCCGUCCCACGGAGUCCACCCGCUCACCCCGCUCAUCCCGUACAGCAACGACCACUUCAGCCACGGCUCCCACUCGCCCCACCUGCCCGCUGACAUCAACCAGAAACAAGGAGUGCACCGUCCUUCCCAGACGUCAGACAUCCCUGGUUUCUACCCCCUGCCCCCCGGAGGAGUGGGACAGAUCACGCCGUCGAUGGGAUGGCAGAGCCAGUCUGUCUAUCCGCUCCCGUCAUGUGGAUUUAGACAGCCGUACUCGUCAGCGCUUUCUGCUGGGGCUUCUUUCUCCAGGUUCACUCACCCACUGAUGCUGGGCUCCGGCAUGCACACCACCGGCAUCCCGCACCCCGCCAUCGUGCCCCACUCCGGCAAGCAGGACAUGGAGCACUAUGACCGCAACAUGAAACCUCAACCAGAACCAAAGAGAGAGAAGGAAGCCAAGAAGCCCACUAUCAAGAAGCCCCUGAACGCUUUCAUGUUGUAUAUGAAAGAAAUGCGGGCGAAAGUCAUCGCCGAGUGCACCCUGAAGGAGAGCGCUGCCAUCAACCAGAUCUUGGGAAGGCGGUGGCACGCGCUGUCCCGGGAGGAGCAGGCCAAGUACUACGAACUGGCUCGCAAGGAACGGCAGCUCCACAUGCAGCUCUACCCUGGCUGGUCUGCCAGAGACAACUACGGGAAAAAGAAGAGACGGACACGGGAAAAGCAGCAAGAUUCCAACUCAGAUCCUGCCUCUCCUAAGAAAUGCAGAGCUCGCUUUGGCCUCAACCAACAAACGGACUGGUGCGGCCCGUGCAGGAGGAAAAAGAAGUGCAUUCGGUACCUACAAGGAGAAGGACGCUGUACCAGCCCAGUUUCUUCCGAUGGAAGUGCUAUAGACUCGCCUCCAUCCCCUCCGGACGCACUCCGAUGCCUCCCCUCCGCCUUCCCGUCAGAGCAGCUCGCAGCCCCCGCCGACCCCGCGCUCCGCCACCAGCCCGACCCCCGCCCGGUGUCCGCGCAGCUCCCGCCCGACUCCGGCCCCUCCAGACCCGGCCCCUCCGGACCCGGCCCCUCCAAACCCGGCCCCUCCAGGCCCGGCUCCUCCAGGCCCGGCUCCCGGCGCUCCGCGGCCGCGUCCCCCGCGCACAGCCGCGCCCCCGCGGGCACAUAGUGCCCACCCGAACGGGGACCGGGCACCGGCCAGACCCCCAGCACACCGCCAAACACGCAGCGGGAUGACUCGAGGAUGAUGGAAAACUCCUCCGGUUGGGGUUGGUUUGGUGUUUUUUUUUUUUUGGAGGGGACGGGUGAUAAAGGUAGAAAAGCAAUUUCAAAAAAAAAAAAAAUUCAAAGAUAAGUACUUGCCAAAAUUUAAAGUGCUGAUGAGUAAACAAGCCUUUUGUCCCUGCCCUGUGCUGCUUUUUUUGUUUUGUUUUGGGUUUUGUUUUUUUUUUUUAAUUGCAUUAUCUCCCAGCGUGGCAGAGAGCAGAGCCCAGUCCCCAGCUUGCUGCUGUAGGUGGUAGGUGCUGUCCAUCUAACCCUGGCUUCCACCCCCUGCCCUCUGAGCUGCUUGAAAGUGUAGUCACUCACAGAUCUCCCACAGCCAUUCCACCAUGGAGCUGGAAAAGCUGGAAUAGGAGCGUUUUUUAAAAGCCCUCAUGUCUGAAAAGUAACCGUAGCGGUGCCAGCGCUCUGAUCUGAGCGGGUCACAGAGAAAUGAAAUGCUUCAACCAGCCAGGUGAAUUUUGUACACUCCUUGUUUGAGAACAGGAAGGUGUUCACAGGCAACACAGACGUGUCUGUGCAGCACCAGCCAGUGAAGGAGCGUGGACUGAGCCCAGGAAGGGCUGAUGGUCACUGGGGCACCGGUCAGGUGCAGGGUCUCCCUGGCUGUUGGGGAUUGUCCUCUGCAGAUGAGGACGGUCAGAAAUCCCACCGGACAGGCUGGGCAAAGCCUCAGAAAUGCCUGUGUUGCUCUGUGGGCCUUGCCCUGGCUGUGCCCUGGCAGGGGCGGGCAGGGAGCCAGCAGCCCUGGCAGGGUGGGCCGUGGGCGAGGCCCUGAGGAUCCCACCGGCCAAGCAGCCCCUUCUCCUCUCAGCCGGGGAGCGGUGUGAGCUGUGCCCCAGCACAGCUCUGCCAGCCCCAGCAGAGCAGCGCUGCCCUGCUCUGGGCUGCAGGUGUCCCUCUGGCCGUGCCCUGGUGAGAUCAGAACCCUGUUUCUCGUGAUUCAGUGUGUAACUUUUUAAAACACCUUAUUCUGGCUUUUUCUGAUUCUCCCCCCACCCCCUUGCCGACACCAAAUGUUGAUGUGUUCUCUCCAGCCUGAAAGCGUUUACCGGUUUCUGGUGUUGUAUUUAUACUUUGAGUUUGACAAACAAAAAACACUGUGGACAGAUUAUGAUCUCCCUGAACUGGUGUAAAUCCCAAAUAAUUCCAAGUUCUGGAUUUACUUCAGGUUGACAGACUUCUCACAGAGAUCACAAUCUAGUCCAGUGCAAUUUUCUCCCUGCUUGAAAGAAACAUAUUCCAGACUGCUGAAGAGAAAAAUGACACCACACACAGGGAGAGGGGGUCUAUUUUUUUCCUAUUUGAUAGAUAGGUUCUGGAGUACUGAAUACAAAUUAUGUAGUAAUAUUAUUGUAGAACUGCGAGAAAUUUAAGAUGAACCUUUAUAAUGUACAAAAUAUUUUUAUAUUUUUUUUUCUUAACGCAAAAACACAAACCCUAAUUUUUUACAUUGGACUAAACAUAACUUUUUAAACAAGUUUAUGCCUCAAAGAUUUAAAAUUUUAAAAAAAUAAAAAAAAAAAAUUUAAGAAAAGCCAAACCUGAUUAGUCUGUAGAGCAGCUUUGGGUUUAUUCCCUUUAUUUAGGUAGUUUUGCUUGUAGCCGUGUAGAUGUUUUUAUUUCUGGUUUUAGUUUAGAAGAUCUAAACCUAUUGCUUUAUUCCUCUCCUGUGUAAAUGUAACUUCAGAAGCACUGACUGAAAGCUACGUGCACAAACCUGACAAGUUUGCAAAGAGUCAUUUUAAAGUCUGAACCACUUUAACCCUCGGAGAAGUAGCAUUUCCUGACCCAGUGCCACCUGUACUGACUGCACUCACAGGGUCAAUUACACAGCACUAGAUCAAUAUGCAAUCUGCUCAUUUUAAGUUAUUUUAGCAAGCUUAGCCAACAGCAGGUUCCAGUGCUGAACACAGGAACUCAGCAGACUGACUCUUGCCAGAUCUGACAUGGUCUCUCCAGUCACUUGAUUUAAAAACAAAACAAAACGAAAUGUUGUUAAAAAAGUGGCCAUGUGUCAGCUCAGCAUGUGCUGCUGUGAGAGCCUCUGCUGCAAGGUGCUGUCCAAGUGUCACCCACUGGGGACACCAGAGAGGACAGCCCAGCCCCCUGGCCUGGUGUACCCCCCUGGGUGUACAGCUGGUGUAACCCAACACCCGACGGGUACCUCGUGGUGGGAUGGAAGAUGGAACAGCAGCAAAGCAAGGCAGGUACAAAGCAAAAAGCAGAUGUGUGUGGGGGUAAGAGCAGGGGAAGCUGAGGGGAAGGCCCUGACCAGUACGAAUGUGGCCAAGCAGGAGGCAGUGCGAGCACCCAGAGCAGCCCUCACUCAUUUCACACUCAGGGCCUUUCUCCCAUUAUUUCAAGGCUCCUCUGGCCCUUUCUCAGUGUUGUGGUCCCUGCCCUGACCAGCAAGAGGCCCAUCUGCACUACAGCCUCCUCUCAUCAUUGUUAUUCCACCCACCUGCCCUGUCCAGCAUUCCCUGCUCGUGCCCUCGUGGCACAGCAGCAUUUCCAGAGCCGGAGCACUCGCACCCAUCUCUGCCCCGGCCUGCCCGUGCUCCUCUCUGCAUACAGGUUAGAAACAACACCCCCUUGGGAUAUGCUCUAAUCACUUCACAGAAAAUUUACUUAUUUUUAUUCCAAAACACAGAAGAGAUAUCUUUAAGCUGCCCCUUUCCAAGACAAAACAGCACAACUGACUUCUGUUCCUUGCCCCACAGCUGAUAACUGAUGCCAAAACAAAGCUACUCUUAUUAAUACCAAAAAAAGUGUCUUUAGAACUGCUAUAUGAAGUGUUGCUAUUUUGUGUUAAUAUUCUUUUUUAAUAGAAGGAAAACUUUGCCCUUACAUUUUUAUCUCAAUGAGAAUUUUUUUUUUUAGUUAUUUUACAGCAAUUUUAACUCUUCCUGAAAUACACAUUUGAAUUCCUGAAAUCAGUUUGAAUGUAGAAGUCAUGGAAGUACCACUUAAUUAAACCAAGUAAAACCACUGUAUGUAUGUAGCAGGGAUAAAUGUUUUGCAGCUGUACUUUCAUUUGUCCAAUGAGUAUCCAUCAUUUGUUGUAAUUUUUUUACUUCACUGAGUUUGUAUUUUUUGGCUUUUAUGUUCAAAAUAUGUUUAUAGCUUUAUAAAUAAAGUAAUUGCCAGACUGGCUGUUCAAAAGAGGCCACUGGAAAUUAUAAUCCUAUCCAACUCUCAAAUAACUAUUUCUUAGCAUUCAAGAGGAUUUCUGCUUGCCUUUUUUUUUUCCCCUUCAACAUUUGCAUGUAUGAAUAGUUUUUAGAAUAACUGCCAGUUGUCUUCAAAGGGUAAGACUGAAGU